AUGAGAGGCGGCGAUCGCUUUGAAGUGCUGCCGGACGAUCUCGUCCAGCACGUGCUCUCCUUCCUGCCGUCUCGCGAUGCGGUGGAGACGGCCGUGCUCGCCCGCCGCUGGCGCUACCUGUGGAGGUCCACCCCCGCCGUCCGCGUCAACGGCUCAGGCGACGGCUUUCGCCUCUUCGUCAACAGCUUGCUGCUCCACCGUGAUGGCGCCUCCCCGCUACGCUCGUUUGAGAUCGACGCCGACCUGCUCAUAGGCGAGGAAAGCGACGACGACGACGAGUACAGCUAUUUCGACCCUCACGUCGACCUCUGGAUCAGGCACGCUCUGUCGACUUGCCGCGCGCGCUCGCUCACCGUGCGCAUCCCCUUACCUGCCGACCAAGAUAGGUGGUCGCCUAAACCUUUCGCCUCCCCGCACCUGACGACGAUGCGCCUCCAGGGGGUCGAUCUCGACCACGGCAGCCUCGAUUUCUCCUGCUGCACGAAGCUUCUCCACCUCAGCCUCACUGCCUGCAGCCUCGAUGGCGACGCCAUCGUGUCGCCCUCGCUGGAGCGCCUCCAUAUCAUGGACUGCGCCUCAGAAUCGCCGAUCAGGAUUUCCACCCCGAGCCUCCGUCAUCUGCAGCUAUCCGGUGACCACGACGGGAUCUGUACUGCACCGUCGUCUCUCGACACCAUGCCUUGCUUAACCAAUGCAAGCAUCCAGCUUACUGGCUUCAUCGAGGGCGGCGAUGGUGAUGCCAAUGCCGGCCGCUCUUUGAUUCUCCGUGGAUUAUCGGAAGCCACCAGCCUGGAGCUCAUAGCUACGAGGAGCGAUGGAAGGCUUCCACACUAG